UUUGUAGUUUCCAACAUUUACAACUUUACAAGACACAAAUCCUAAUUUCAAGCAUACCCAAAAUCACAAAAAUGGCUUCCAUGAUAUUCUGUGACUGUUCGUCUUCAACAACUGCUCGUCUUCUUCCUCUCAGUUGCCACAAACUCCGCCAUUCUUGCACCCCUCUUCACUUCUCUCCUUACCUUACUUUUUCGAUAUCCUCCUCUAAAACUUCCUUUCCUUUUCUCUCUAUUAAGUCUCAUGCUUCCUCAACUCUUAUCUCAGCUAAAAUGGCAACUGAGAAUACAGCAAAGGUGAUUGAUGGUAAAUCAGUGGCAAAGCAAAUUAGGGAGGAGAUAGCUGUUGAAAUAGCACGAAUGAAAGAAGCCAUUGGUGUUGUUCCGGGUUUGGCUGUGAUACUUGUCGGGGAUAGAAAGGACUCUGCAACAUAUGUUCGCAAUAAGAAGAAAGCUUGUGAUGCUGUUGGGAUUAAUUCUUUUGAAGUGCAUUUGCCUGAGACCUCAACCGAACUGGAAGUGCUCAACUCUAUCACCAAGUUUAAUGAAGAUGCUUCUGUUCAUGGAAUUCUAGUUCAAUUACCACUUCCUUCGCAUAUGGAUGAGGAGAAAAUAUUAAAUUCUGUUGGAAUUGAAAAGGACGUUGACGGGUUUCACCCUUUGAAUAUUGGCCGCCUUGCAAUGCGGGGUAGAGAACCCUUGUUUGUCCCUUGUACACCCAAAGGAUGUAUAGAGUUGUUGCAUAGAUCUGGAGUUCAAAUAAAAGGGAAAAAAGCAGUUGUCAUUGGCCGUAGUAAUAUAGUUGGGAUGCCAGCCGCUCUUUUGCUGCAGAGGGAAGAUGCUACUGUAACUAUUGUUCAUUCUAGAACAAACAAUCCUGAAAAUGUCAUUAAAGAGGCAGAUAUUAUCAUUUCUGCUGUAGGACAAGCUAACAUGGUCAAGGGUAGCUGGAUUAAGCCUGGUGCUGUUAUAAUUGAUGUUGGUAUCAAUCCAGUUGAGGAUCCAGAAAGCCCUCGUGGAUAUCGAUUAGUCGGGGAUGUUUGUUACGAAGAGGUUGUCAAAGUUGCUUCAGCUGUUACCCCUGUACCUGGAGGUGUUGGUCCAAUGACUAUUGCGAUGCUUCUUUCAAAUACUCUCAGUUCGGCAAAGAGGAUGCACAAUUUUAGCUGAUGGUACUGGUGAUAGUUUCACAUCAAGAAGGUAGAGCCGGAGAAGACAACUAACAUGUAGCACAAUUGUUAAGAGUCAGAUACUCCUUUUUCCUUUGUACCUUUACUGUGGCUUCCACAAAGAUGUUGAAGAAGUCACUUGUAUCUCCAACAAAUAAUCUAGAUAAUCAACUGAACUGCUUGUCAUUUGGGGCUUCGGCGCACCCAUUUUUCAUAAUUAUUCCUACUUGUAGGAGAUUUUUUCAGACUUCCUGUAGUCUGUAAGUGCACAAGGAAAUAGUUGGAAAAUAGUGUAUAAAUUUGGUUCCUUGGCUUCCAGUUAACA